CCGCGAGAUGGAGGGACAUUUCAGUCACUGCUGCAGGUGACGAGAGGAGGACAUGGCGGAGAGCAACCUGUGUGCAGUGCUGUGGCAGGAGGGACCUGCGAGUGGUGAGGAUGUGUCCUGUGAGGCCAGUGAAGGAUGUGGAAACGUGUGUGAGGAAAGCAGAGCAGUACCACAAGCUGGCCCCGGGGAAUUGCAGAUAAGAGUCCAAGCUGUAGGUAUUUGCGGGUCGGAUGUGUCACUAUGGAAGAACGCAGCCAUUGGACAGACCGCCCUCAAGGAUCCCCUGGUCCUGGGUCACGAACCCUGCGGGACGGUGGCUGGUGUGGGUCCUGGCGUCACGGGCUUCGCUGUCGGGGACUUGGUUGCAAUGAGUCCAAACAUCUCGUGCUACACCUGUAGGCCCUGUCGGGAGGGGCGGCAGAAUCUCUGUGACAACCGCACUAAGAUGGCCACGCCCCCCACCGAUGGCUGCAUCGCUAACUUCAUCGUUUGGCCCUCUCGUCUGUGCUACAAGUUGCCUCCAGGCAUCACCCCUAAUGAAGGCGCGUUCAUUCAGCCCAUAGCUUUGGCAUUGCACGGAUGUCAAAUGGCAGGAAUCAGGCCUGGUCAUCGUGUCCUUAUUUGUGGGGCAGGCCCCCUGGGGAUGUCGAUGGCGAUGGUUGCCCACGUGAGCGGAGCUUCCAAACUGUGCUUUACAGACAUCAACGAAGAAAGACUCAAGUUUCUGGCGAGUGUGACCAAGGGCUCUACAGUACACGUGCAAGGAGAGACUCCGGAAGACACUGCAGAGCGCGUGAAGAAGGAGCUGGGAGGGUUCGCUGACGUCACCUUAGAGUGCAGCGCCGCCCCUACUUCAAUCGCAGUGUCCUUUUACGCCACAAAGCUAGGAGGCUGUGUGUUGCUGGCGGGCAUCAGCCCUGAUGCGGAGACCAAGAUACCUCUGAGGUCCAUCACCGCAAAGGAACUGAACGUCAAAGGAAUGUUUCGAUUUGCCAACGACUACGAAACUGCUGUGGAGCUGAUCAGCUCGAGGGCCAUUGAUGCCAGACCGUUAGUGACGCACACCUUUCCGCUAGAAAACGUCACUGAAGCCUUCGAGGCUGCUGCCAGAGGGGAAAGUGGGAAAAUUGUCAUCCAGUGUUCCAAAGAUUCAAAAGAAUCUAGUAGCCGGGAUGAAGCCGCGUAUAAACCUCACGACUGUGUAUUUAUGUUCAUUACAGGGCAUCUUUGGAUUCAGAAACAUCGUAAUAAGUACAAAGGAGGGAACAUCCGGGCAUCUGUAAUUUCCAGCCGCCGGGUAACCGCCACAAUGGCUCAAGUUAACCUUUGCGCUGUUUUGUACGGCAAACGGGACCUGCGCAUGGAAAAUCAACCAAUUCCCCAACCUGGACCAAACGAACUGCAGAUUCGGAUGUUAGUUGUGGGCAUCUGCGGAUCGGACGUGGGGAUGUGGGAGGGCGCCAUGAGCCCGGGAACCACUCUCCCUAUAAUGGAUCCUAUAGUGUUGGGACAUGAACCGUGUGGCGUCGUGUGCGGCUUGGGAUUCUCUGUCUCCGGCUUUGCUAUUGGUGACAAGGUGACCAUGGAUCCAAACCUUAGCUGCAGGGCGUGUCGCACGUGCAAGUCAGGUCGCCAUAACCUGUGCGAGAAGGGCAUCGCCAUGAUGACGGAGCACCCCACUGAUGGCUGUCUCUCCAACUACAUCGUGUGGCCAGCAGACCUCUGCUAUCGACUUACCCCAGGAAUGACCGCGGUGGAAGGGGCCUUAGUGCAACCCUUGGCUUGUGCGUUGCAUGCGUGUCAAAGGGCAAAGGUCGCGCCGGGUGAUCGUGUGUUGAUUUGUGGUGCAGGUCCACUGGGAACGAUGGUGGUGAAGGCCGCAGGAGCUCUCGGGGCCAGCCACAUCUGCGUGACAGAUAUUAAAGAGGAACGCCUCCAGCUGCUGGCACGUCACAGCUUGUGCGCAUCAGUGCACGUGCAAGAGAGCUUCACGAAUGAAAGCAUCAAGCACGUGACUGACGCCUUGGGUGGUCCUGCUGACGUAACGAUAGAAUGUUCUGGUUCACCGUCGGCCAUCAGACUGGCCAUCCAUGUUACCAGACCAGGGGGAUGUGUAUUGCUGGCUGGUAUUGGCGACAAUGAAGUCCAGAUACCGUUGCGGUUGGCUGCUACCAACGAGAUUGACCUCAAAGGCAUUUUGAGAUAUCCGCCUAACAGGUUCACACAAGCCUUGGAGCUGAUCAGUGCAGGAGUCAUUGAAGUGAAGCCACUAGUAAAACACAGUUUUCCCCUGGAGAAAGCUCGAGAGGCCUUGGAAAUGGCGGCUAGACGAGAUGGAGGGAAGAUCGUAGUGGAAUGUUUUAAAGAGUAAUGGUGAUGGACAUCAAGUAUAAAUAUCAGGGACAGUGAAGCACACAAACAUACACAUAGAGCUGAGAGUUUGUUGUGGCAACGGAUUUCUGAAAUUGUUUUUUAUUUUUAAAACUCGCACACACGCACGCAAACACAUGAUGUGGCAACUACAUUCCUGUUAGGUAACAAAUCUCUCAUUUUAAUGUCUGAUUGUAAACUUUUCAACAGCAACCAAGUGUCUUUCGCCAUCGCGGCCAACUGUGUUUAUCAUCCUGAUUAUCGUGAACUUCAUGUACGGAAACAUUGAAAUAUAUUUACCUCCAAUAAAUUGAGUUCUUUUGUGUGAAAUAAGUGAUGUCAUUUAUAAGAUUAUACCGAGUAAAAAAUGCAUGGCUGUCUAUUUUGAUUACAAGGACUUUUUGCACCGAGAAAACUCGUGAUGAGGGAAGAAGAAAAACAUCCGAGGUUCUCUCAUUCUUCCUGCUCACAGGCAAACAAACUAUUCUGGCUGUAAACAAUCUUUGCAAAGAGUUUUUUGUACGGUAAAUAGGAUUUACGAUUCGUCUGUAACCACUGCCUCAUAUCUUUCUUUGCAACUGUUGACUCAAAACAAGCAGCAAAGAAAUAUAGAUAAGACUGAAGAUGUCAUCUGUUGUAAGAACAUUAUUAGUUUACCCUUUCUGUCUAAGUUCGAGGUGGCGAUGCUGUUAUCCACUUUGUAUCUUCAGAAAGAAAUUCGGGUUUUACUGUCAAUCCAAUCUACUGAUAUUUUUGUUUGUUCUUGUUUUGUCAAAAUAAGUUAUUGUAAUUCUGUAUCUAAUAAAAAAGGAAAACAA